AUGAACCUCCGUUCCAAAUCUUCCCGUAUCUUUUAUGAAACGCGACCGACUCUUCAAGGCCCAAAGAAAAAGAGAAUAGUCGGCGGGAUAGGGCACUACCCAAGUCACCGGAAAGCCGUGGGAUUAAACCUUCACAGAUCUGUGUUACCAAACCCUCCUCUUCGUCGUUCAGUCCGCCAAACCAAGCCGACGAGAAAGGUUGCGGGAAAAGUAUUGAAUUGAUAAAACCCAAACUUAAUAAUCGAAGAUGGGAUUGCGUUAUACAUUUCAGACAACAAAGUGAUUUUAACUCAAGGCAUUGAUGGUGGAGUGAAUGUCGAUUACUUCCAGAAGAUCGAGUCUUGGCCUUUCUGAUUCACAGUAUUCAACAUUAACGUGUGAAUGUAUUCACAGGGUUCUAUGAUAAUGAUUGUGAAGAUUCUUGUGAACCUUGAUUAUGUAGUGUCCUAGUGUCUUCUAUUCCAUCAGUUGCACAUGAG